CCUGUUAAAAAGAAUCGUUGAAAUUCAUUAGUUUUACUGCAGAAUUUAACAGAGGCUUCAGGGGCAGAAUGUAUGGCAAGUACAGUCGACAGGCUUUGCUAGCCAUCGGCAGUAGCAAGCUUUGCCGCGUUUUGGAUAUUGCACAAAUAGAGACAAUAAAGGAGUUAAGAAUACUCCGCAAGCAUUCGAUCAGAUCGGACUUUAUUGCUACUCCUCCCCCAAAAAAUGGGCUCCGAAAGCGGUGCGCAGAGGAGGAAAAGGGGGUCAAGCGCGGAGGUACCCGGGCUAGGCCAGCGGCUAGUCCAACUCGCCCAGUCAUGCCAUCCAUCACCCUGGCUAAUGUACGAUCUGAGGGCAUUCAAAUGGCCAAGGCUCCAGUCAAGAAAGUGGUUAAUGGCAACGCUCCAGUCCAGACCAGUACAGUGGUUAAGGGUAAAGCCCGAUUUAAGACCAAAACAGUGGUUAAAGGUAAAGCCACAGUCAACACGAGGACAGUGGUUGAAAAAAAAGCCCCAGUCAAGACCAAUACAAAGUCGUCUUCCGGAAAUAAAAAUGAUCACUUUUGUGUUCUGUGUGGCGAAAGUUAUUCAACAAAGGACGGCCAUACCCAUAUGCAAAGUUACCUGCAUCAUCGGGAGUUUAAGAUUGCUUUGGGCAGGGAUAUCAGCCACUGGUGUCAAGCUUGCCAGACGUCUUCCAUUGACCUAUCUGCAUAUGCCAAGCAUGUCGACACACCUGAACACAAACGUAAAUUUAAUCUAUUGAGGCUUUGUGUAAAGCCCAUUGCUUUAUCAAAGAUACUGAGCCCGGAGGACUACAAAAUAGUUGUUGAAAGAAACCAAAACCUAAAGAGUCUACGGAAAAAAACGAGAAAUAGGCAAAAAAAGAAAGUGCUUCAAGAAAGGAAUUUAAGAAGUACAUGUCAACAAAACAAACAUAUCAAGAAAGAGGCCUUACUGGGAACGUUGGGACAGCCAGCGGGGUCGAGCGGAAGUGGGGUGGAGCUGGUUCAAAACAAGCGGCAGGCUGAAGAGCUGGACUUCACCAGUGACGAUGUCUAUCAAUCGGGAGCCACGCUGUUCGAACAAGAGCCGGUCAGGACGACCACAUCUCCUCAGCCAAGUCCAGGGCCAAACCCAGCAGGUUCAGCCCCUCCUGCCUCGCCAGGCGCCCCGCACAAUACCGAUGUCGGCGUCAUGCUACGCCUAAUCCGGAGGGCGCUCGGCACGCCGACGGCGCACACGGUAGACUCUGGGAGUGGGGUAACGCAGAAAAGAUCAAUCAAGCAGGAGACGUCUCAGAUGGUUGCCGGGAAGAGGCAGCAAAGGAAGAAAGGCAUAGGAAUCCCCAGGUUGGGCGUUGAUCAGGAGAAUCCACCGCUGUGCCCAGUAGACUUUACAGAGGACGAACACCUAUACUGGGACUCUUACAGCGCGAGGUCAGACAACGGCCAGGGCAACCCGGCUAGGGUGUCGGUCAAGGGGGAACCGGGGGAGCUGGACACAAGCCCCCCGGAGAGGAGGAAACGUAAAGGGGAUGACGGCCUUUCCAGUACGGACAGGAGUAGAAAGAAGAGGAUGAGCAAAUCAGACAAGGGCACCGAGGAGGUGGGCCAGCUGCUGACGGUGUCCCUGCGGGAGGAGGAUGUGUGCAGGGCCCUGGAGGAGCUGGACCGCUCUCUGGUCCAGGCCCGCAACGCCCUGCAGGCCACGUACGCAGAGGUCCAGCGACUCCUGGCCCUCAGGCUGCAGUUCUCUACUGAGGUCAGCGGCCUAAGGGCGAAGCGUAUUGAGAUCCUGCACGGCAUGCAAGGUUCCUCUGGGCCAUCUACUGCAGCAGACCCCGCCGCCCCCUCCAUGCCCCCCAGCCGCUCUCCCCACUCCCCCUUCGCCUGCCUCCCUGCCCCCUCCCCCCUGUUGCAGCUGUCCGCCGCCGCCUCACCGCUGUCCGCCGCCCAGCUUUACCCGGCCUCCGCCCCCCCGUCGCCGGGGGCCCCGCUGAAGCAGGAGCGCGGAGAUCCACCCCAGGCGGCUCCGCUCCUCGUCCACCCCUCCCUCCUGCUGCGGCACAUGCCCCCCAGGCCCGAGGCCCAGCCCACCGCCGAGAGCGCCACCAACACGGCCCCCGCACCGCCGCUCGCCGCCGUGAAGCUGAGUAGCAGCCCGCCGCUAGCCCCCAAAAGGGAGCCGGAGGAGGAAGAGGAGGAGAGCGACGACAGCGACGACAGCGAAGGCUCGUUGGUGAUCAUGGAGCCCCGCACGGAUGACAUCAUUCACAUCGACGAAUCGGACAGCGAUGUUUCACCCAAGAAGACCCCCCCUGCCCCCGACAGGGAGAACCGGGCUCCCCUUCAGCCCACAGCAACCAGCACCCAGGGGGCCACGGUGAAGGAGCUCACCUCGGUUCCUAUGACGACAUCCGAGCCCGACCAGGGGCCUCCACAGGUGCCACUGGCCCUGGGGCCCUUCCAGAACCACGCGGGCCCCGUCCACGACCUGCAGAUCUAUGGCGGGCGGCUCUACUCCUGCUCCGGAGACAACACGGCACGGGCCUAUUGCCUCGUGACCAAAGAGUGCCAGGGGGUGUUUGAGGGCCACAGCAGCACCAUCAACUGCCUGCUGGUGGCACCGUUGGCCCCGGGCACGCUGGCCCGUCUCUUCACGGGCUCCAGCGACAAGACGGUGCGCUGCUUCAGCAUCAAGUCUCAGAAGUGCCUGGACCAGGUCUCCUUCCCCGACAGGGUGCUGUGCCUGCAUAUAAGCUGGGGUAUUCUCUACGUGGGGCUGGCCAAUGGCUCUGUAGUAAGCCUCCACCUGAAGACCCUGAAGGAGCUGGACGUGUUGGAGUGCCACGGGCCGCGGGGCGUGAGCUGCCUGGGCACGUCCCAGGAGGGGGCGCGCCGCGUGCUGCUGGUGGGCUCCUACGACAGCACCAUCAGCGUGCGCGACGCCAAGAGCGGCCUGAUGCUGCGCACGCUGCAGGGCCAUACCAAGACGGUGCUCUGCAUGAAGGUGGUCAACGACCUGGUGUUCAGCGGCUCCAGCGACACGGGCGUCCACGCCCACAACAUCCACACCGGUGAGUUGGUGCGCAUCUACAAAGGCCACAGCCACUCCGUCACCUCCAUCAUCAUCCUGGGUAAAGUCAUGGUGACGGCCUGUCUGGACAAGCUUUUGCGCGUCUACGAGCUGCAGUCCCAUGACCGCCUGCAGGUGUACGGGGGCCACAGCGACAUGGUGAUGUGUAUGGCCAUCCAUAAGAGCGUGAUCUACUCCGGCUGCUACGACGGGAGCAUUCAGGCGUCGAAGCUUAACCUGAUGAAGAACUACCGCUGCUGGUGGCACGGCUGCUCCUUGAUCUUCGGUGUGGAAGAGCAUCUCACGCAGCACCUGCUGAGGGAUCACAGCAACGCCCACCUCGCCACGGUCGCCUGCCGCUGGAGGGGCUGUGACGCCUUCUUCCCCACGCAGGACGCAGUGCAGCAGAAGCUGCCUACACACGUGCAGAGCCACGUUGAGGAGGACAGCCAGCUGAAUAUUUGACGCAUGAGAUAAGAUCUUUCUUUGGAAGCAGUAUUUAUCGUUUGAGUUGGACGAUUCCUCCAUGUGUUUACUGGCAUUGAACCUGUAUAGCUGAAGCUAGUUUUUUAAUUUCACAGAGCAAAGAUGUCUAUUUAGACCAAUAUCCAAGCUAUGAUGAAACCUCAGGCAAUGCAACCAGUUACAUAAUAAGUCAAUAUUGACAAAAAUGGUGUUUGUACUCGUUGUUUGAUUUAUUUACAUUCAGAUUGGCAGCAAAAUGUGAAUUGAAGGUUUUUUUAAAUUUAUUUUACAUCUGCAAUUUCAAAAAAGAUCAUACACGACGAGUCAAUAAAUGCCUCAUUUGAGUUGAAUAUGUUA